AUGGCCAAUAGUUUGGAUUUCAAGGGCAAAGUGGCCGUAAUUACCGGCGCCAGCAGUGGUAUCGGUGAAGGGAUAGCCAAAUAUCUGGCUGAAUUGGGCGCACAGGUGGUCAUCACUGGACGCAAUGCUAAUAAUCUAAACCGUGUGGCAAAAGUGUGUCAAACCAUUUCACCAAAAGGACUAAAGGCACUGGAAGUGGUGGCCGACAUCACCAAAGAGGAUGAGGCCCGGCGUCUAAUUGACGAGACUAUCGCUGCCUUCACACGCAUUGAUGUCCUGGUGAACAACGCGGGCCAGUCGUGGCCCACAUCCAUAUACGAUCCAAACGUCAUCCAGAACUACGAGAAUGUCAUGGAUCUGGACCUGCGGUCAGUCGUCUAUCUCACGAGUCUAGCCGUCCCUCAUCUCGAGAAAUGUAACGGAAAUAUCAUCAAUAUCUCCAGUAUUGUCGCACUUAAACCCGUAGGGCAGUUCUUCGGCUAUUGUAUGGCUAAAAGUACCCUGGAUAUGUUCACAAAGUGUUUGUCACUGGAAUUGGGGCCGAAGGGUAUUCGUGUCAAUAGUAUAAAUGCGGGUGCUGUGAAGUCCAACUUUUUAGCCGCGAUCGGUAUGACUGAAGAGAUGAUUAAAGCGCAGGAGGAAAGCCUACGCCAAUCGUCGCCGUUAGGCAUGUAUGGCGUCCCGCAGGACAUCGCGUAUGUGGUGGCAUACCUGGCCUCAGACGACGCCUCAUUCGUAACGGGUGUGAACCUGUCGGCCGACGGUGGCGCCUAUCUCUCAGACAUUAAAAUUGUUGAGAAUUAA